UCCAACAGGAAAAGACCAAUGAACCGCUGAGAAGCAGUCUGAAGCGAGUGAUGACACACAAACCCUCCGUGUGCGCACUUCUUCUGCUUCUCUUCUGCAUCACAGCCGGCUCUGUUUUUCAACAAAGCGUGGCGCUCUAUGUUCAGUAUUCCCUGGGCCUUGGAGGUCAGGUGCAGAACUGUCUUCUGGUCCUUGUGGGAUGCUGUCUGAUAGGCAUUCCUGUUGUUAUGUUGCUGAUGACCAAGUUUGGUAAGAAGCCUGUGGCAGUCGGGAACAUUCUGAUAUUAAUGCCUAUCGUGUUAGGACUCCUGUUCGUGCCCGGAAAUCUUGUUGCCGUUCUACUCAUAUUCGCGGCUUAUGGAAUGGCAUAUGCUUUGCCUUUCAUUGUGCCAUGGAUGAUGUUAUCCGACGUGUCAGACCUUCUGAAGCUCCAGACGGGCAGAAGUUACGACACGGUGCUGCACGGCGUCUUUAUCACCUCCCAGCGGAUAACAGGAGCGAUCGGCUUUGGUGCCAUUUCAGCUGCACUGGAAAUCGGCGGCUACAAGAGCGGAGUCUGUGAUCAGCCAGAGUCAGUAGGUAGAGCUAUCCGCUGGAACGUCACAGUGCUGCCAAUGCUGUCCCUUGUGCUGAGCCUGGUGGUCCUGUGGCAGUAUCCGGUCACGGAGGAGAUGAGACAAAGGACUAAGGAAGCUCUGGAACAGAUAAGGAAAGCAAGUGAAGAGGGAUCGCGGCAACAGAGGAAGACAAAACAUGACGGAUACAUGGCAGAUAAAGUUGUUGUGGAUGUGCGAGGAAAAGAAAAUGAAAAUGGAGUAGAGAAUAUGGGCUUCUCUACUUAGUGGUCGGUGUGGUCUAGCCAUUAACCCAAAAGGCAUUCUAAUACUAGUAAGUACAAUGUAUUUCAAUAAAGUUGACUCCCUGACAUCAAUUGCUACCCCACUCUGAGUGAGAGAGAGAAACACCCACACGAACGCAUCUACGUAAGGAAUAUAACCACCAUUUUUCAUGGAGGUACUAGUAAUAAAAAGAGGUUGGCCACUUUGAAAAUACCACUAUUGUUACAAUAAUCUCAGUGUUAAACUCCGUGACCGUAUUCCGAAUGAGGAAAUCAUAGCUAGACUGGGAAUAGAACACUCUAUUGUCGAUGCCAUCUGGCUUAGAAGACUAAGGUCCGGACAUGUAGUAAGAAGACCACCAAACACAUACAUGUAAGUCCGAAAGCCAAGGCCCGGUGGGGCAGACCCCCGAAGCGCUGGAAGGAUCAAAUAGCAAAGGAUAUUGGACGGAGUAUCAAGUUUGCGGAGACAAGUGCAAAGGACCGUGCAACCUGGAGACUUCUCACGGAGAGGAGCAAGG